AUGAGUAACUUGGAACAGAAGAAUCAACCGGGAUCACAGAGUGAUUUGGAACAAGAGCCGCUUCUGGAGUCCAAUUUGGUGAGAAAGAAUGAAUUGGACCAGGAUACUGCAAUUGAAGAAGAUGACGAUAGCUCAUCCAUUUCAAGCAGUACCUAUACAUUGAAUAGAAGUGACUCGUUCAGUUCAUCUUUCAUUGAUUUAUCAAAGUUGUUAAUACUUCCAGAUUUUGAUUUUGGGCUGCAAGUGGGAGACUCUACCAGGAAAAGAUUUAAUGAAAUGAAAUCCAAAACCAAACAACGAUUGAAACAAUUCAAAGAUGAUAGUAUGAAAUUCAAACCAAUUAAUAGUAGUUCUAAUAUAAAGAGGAAUUUAGAAUUACAAGAUAAACUUUUAAGUAAAUUAAGCCAUUUUGAUAAACGAGUAUCGAGGAAUUUGCAAUCUUCCAAUACAGAAAAAUUUUUCUAUGCAAUGGCAGUUUUUUCGAUAUCAAUGGCAGGUUUUAUUAUUGGUAAGUAUCCUACUUAUUUCCAUGUUUUCCACCUAUGCUUAUUUGUUAUGCUUAUGCCAAUUAGAUUUUAUACCUAUUUUAAAAUUGGGUUUAAGUUUUAUUUAGCCGAUCUUUGCUACUAUGUUAACAUAUUGUUAAUGCUUUUCAUCUGGUGGUUCCCCAAUAGUGAAUCCUUGUUCAUAUCCGUAUUUUCAUUGGCUAUGGGUACAUUAUCGUUUGCAGUUAUCACUUGGAGAAACUCUUUAGUAUUGCAUCUGAUUGAAAAGACAACUAGUUCUUUUAUCCAUAUAAUGCCUCCAAUUACUUUAUUUGUAAUUGUUCACGAAUUACCCCAAGACUACUUGGCGGAAAGAUUCCCUGCAGUAGCCACCUUGGAUCACUGGAACUUCAUUGGAGGAAUCAUUUGGACUUCAAUCUACUAUACCAUUUGGCAAGUCACUUAUCAUUACUUCAUCACCAUCAAACGUAAAGAGGAAAUCGAAAAGGGUACCGUGACCAGUUUCACUUAUUUGAAGAAGAAAAACUCAAAAUCAGCCUUGGGCAAAUUCGUCAACUCUUUACCUUAUACUUGGAUGCAAAUCACUGCCUUUACCUUAAUUCAAUUUGGUUAUCAAAUCUUAACCAUGGUCUUCUGUCCAAUUUGGUUUAAAUAUAAACAUGCAUGUGGGUUCUUCGUCACUUUCAUCUUUGUUUGGGCUUCUUAUAACGGGGCUACCUACUAUAUUGAUGUCUUUGGUAAAAGAUUUGAAAAAGAAGUUAAUAAUUUGAAAAAUGAAAUUGUGCUCUUGAAACAGGAAAACGAAAAGCUCUUCAAUAACAGCCCCUUCAAUAAACCAAAUAUGGAAAAUGACGAUAUCCCAAUUAAACCAUUAGAACUCUCUGAUGUCAACGAAGAGAAACCUUGA